AUGGCGGAUCAAUCAGCACAAGCUUCAGCGCAAGAAGCGCUAGAAGCCGUCGAGCCUCAAUGUCCCAAGAACACAGAAUCCGGCAAGGCUGAGGCAUCGGGCUCUGCCGAGUCCAAGGCAGAGCCAGCCCUGCCGCCGCUGUCAGGUCAUGAGUUCAAGCAAUACAACAGGCUAGCUGAGCAUAUGAACUAUUUUCACGAACACUUCCGUCAGACAUGGAACCUGUUAUACACCGCAGCCUCAUCCGGCCGCAGGCCAGCCGGCAUGAGCUUGAAGCAGUACAUCGACCAGGGGCUUGAGUUUAUCUCUCAUCUCACAGCACACCACAACAUAGAGGAGACCUACAUCUUCCCCAUCCUGGCCCGCAAGAUGUCUGAGUUCCAGAGCAACGGUAAGGGGAAGAAGGCGGCCGAGCUCCUCCAGCAGCACAAGGAGAUCCACAAGGGCAUGGAUGUCAUGCAGGAGUACCUGACCAAGUGUCGGAAUAGGGAGCUCGACAUGGAGAUGUCCGUCAUGAAGUCCAAGAUGGACAGCUGGGGCGGAGUCCUAUGGAAGCACCUCGACCAGGAGGUGGAAACGCUGGGUGCGGAGAACAUGCGCAAGUACUGGACGAUCGAAGAGAUUCGAAGGAUACCGAUGUGA